GGUAUGCAGGCAGUGUUGUAUUUUUCAAUCCGGUACUUCCGUUGUGAUUUUACUCUCUGUACUUGGCUAAGGUUCAAACACUCGCCACUUAAAACAUCAUUCCUCCGAUCCUACAAACCCUACCGUGCUCGUCAACGCCUCAUUUGAAAGAUAACCACAAAAGAGGAUGGCUUCCCCAAAGAAGAAAGCUUCAUCCAGCUGUGGAUUGGAUGUUAAAUCCGAGGCAGAAGACAAGACACCAAAUCAGGCUGUAGACCCAUCUUCACCAGCCAGGCGAACCAGAAGCCAAACGGAGAACAUUAAGUCGUUUACGAUUUAUCUUCCAGAUAAUUCCCAAUACAAAAUAAAUGGCCUGGCUGGACAAACUGUGCUCGAGGCCUUAAACAGUAACUCGAAGUUCAAUGCACGAAAUUUGGCAGAGAGAAAAAAAAACAAUAAAAAGGAAGUGCUCAUCACUGGGAAGAAUGUCUUGAAGGGGAUUGUGCCUCAUCAUCUGCCUUGCAGCUUUAUACCCAAUGGAGAGCUUUUCAACGUUACAUUCAUUCUGUCUGGGGAAGGCGACGAUGGGGAGCGAGAUUUCUAUCCAGAGAAGUCUCGAGACGCAGAACGCGUCGUUUUUUACGUAGAGCCGCGAGGUAAAGUUAAUGUCGCAAAGAAGACAAUUCUGAAAAACCAUCACCUUCACCAGCUGCGUGAAAAUCUGUGUGUCUACGCCUUCCGGGGGGAGACGGUGAAGGAGGCUUUGACAAGGGAUGGGAGGUUUCUUUCAGCCGUGUUUGAAAAGAAUUACCAAUUGAGUUGCAAUGGGACUCUAGUUGAGUUCCAUCUGUAUGUAGAUGAUGAAGAUGGGAAGAUUUUCACCAUGAUUGUUUCAAGUGAGGUCAGACCAGUGAGCGAGCAGCUGCACCCUAAGAUCGGGAUGAGCAGCCAGACUACUGGUAUUGACCAGUAUGCCGGUACAGCUACUGGUGCCAGUGCAGCUACUGGCGAUACCCAGCCUGUCUCUAAAGCUACAGGUGCGUUUAAAACGACUGGCGAUACCCAGUCUGGCUCCCAAUCGUCAACUAAUACAAACCACAGGGUUUACCUCCCAAUUCCCGACACUAGAGAAGUGUACAAGGCCCUCAAGUCACAGAUGGACGGUCUUAUUAAGUUAAUGAAAGCCAGAGGAAAAGAAACCACAGGUUCCCUCCCGAUCAGCGAGCUGCUGAGAACGGAAUUCGGUAAAAACACGGACAGCUUUACUCUGGUUAGCACCGUUAGAACGCUGACCGAGCUCACCGAAUCUGUCUGCUUCAUCAACGCUGUGGACAAAGUAGCCACCGGGUUCCUUUUGUUUGGGAAUUACAUUCUUACCUGCGCGCACGUCGUGGAGAAAAUCCUCGCCGAAUCCCAGCCAGUAAGGCUCGCCGCCGCGGUUUCUGUAAACUUUAAAUUCGAAAAACCUGGCGAGUCUUUCGAGACUUUAGCUGUCAAGCCACAGAUAGUCGCCUAUGACAGAAAGCUGGACUAUGCUUUGCUAGAGCUGGACCAGGGAAGCGCUCCGCUCCCUCCAGCUCUGAUUACUAGGCUUGGCGUUCCUCCAACAAGCGGGGGCGUCUGUAUCAUCGGUCACCCGAGUGGCGACGUCAAGAAGAUAGAUCCGUGUUCCGUUAUAAAGUUCGAGGAACGCCAAGACAAAAAAAAACGACACAUUGAGGAAAAUGAGGAAAGCAAAUGUCGUGUGCAGGUAAUUACCCGCUACUCUUUUGAAGAGCUGCGAGAUGAAAAGCGAUUGUCGUACGACACCUGUUUUUAUGACGGCGCGUCUGGCUCUCCGGUCCUUAAUGAUAAGCUUCAGCUGGUAGCUAUGCACACGGGUGGGUAUUUGUACCAGCUGUCUACGAAGAAGAAGCAGAGCGUGAUCGAGUUCGGGACGCAUAUGACGGUCAUUCUCAAAAACGUGCUACAUCAUAAAGCGGCUGCAGGUCCCUUGCUACAGGAAUUGUUCUGCGUCGAUUCUGAAAAUCCGGAGCGCCUCGCGGUUUUAAAGAUGUUGGUGGAAGACGCGUGCCGUAUUCCGGUUGCGAGGGAAAUCUUAAAACAGUCAGUGACAAACGAUCUGCAAAGGUACGAACUUCUUAAGGGUAUGACUGACCGGAGUAGCCUCCUGGAUGAACUGCUUAAUGAAUGCGACGAGGAAAACCGAAUGGAAUUGGAUUAAACAACAUCGCUGAUUUGACACGAGUUUAACCCCGCCCCAGUAGCGGAUUAUACAUCACGCGUCAGAAAUCGACCAAUCGCAAUCAAGUAUUUGCCAAAAUUGCGGUACAUCAUCUCCCGCGCACAGGUGGCAUCCCUGGCAUAGAAAAACCACAAUUCAUCUUAAAACAUUAAACAAAAUUAAAUAAACACACAUAACUGGUAUAGUUUGUAAAAUGGAUCAUCCUAUUAUUAAUUUCACUCUCUUUGUUAAUUUAUGAUGAACUGAACCCCUAGUUUCUGGGAAGAAAAUAUGACCAAAAAAACCACUUGAACGUUUUUUCUCCAAAUUUUUUUUUAUAUAGUCUUUUUUAUAUAGUGGGGGGGGGGGGGGGUGACCUGUGGCAACCCCCAGUUCAGCAUUCUCUACACUAGAGCUCUCCCACCCUGGUCCUGCAGAGCCCCCAAAACCCUCAAGGGCUCUGGAACACCUACAUAAGAACAUAAGCAAGUUUCCAAACGAGAGGAGGCCCCAUUCAGCCCAUCUUGCUCGUUUGGUUGUUAGUAGCUUAUUGAUCCCAGAAUCUCAUCAAGCAGCUUCUUGAAGGAUCCCAGGGUGUCAGCUUCAACAACAUUACUGGGGAGUUGGUUCUAUAUAUAUAUAUAUAUAUAUAUAUAUAUAUAUAUAUAUAUAUAUAUAUAUAUAUAUAUAUAUAUAUAUAAUUAUAAGUUUAACUGCUCUUAGUCCAACUCGCUCUCAAACGUAAUUAUCAACUGUAUUUUUUUAAAAUUUAUUUGAAUGUGAUCUUUAGUUUUCUGGUGAUUUUUAUUAUUGUAUUUUAUAACUGCUCCUGUAAUGUGAUAUUUUGUACUCUGAUAUUUUGUAAGAACUUUUAAGUCGCCCUGGAUAAGGGCGUUUGCUAAGAAAAUAUUAUUAUUAUUAUUAUUAUUAUUAUUAUUAUUAUUAUUAUUAUUAAUACAUUGUAAUCGGACGGCGUGUGUGAUUUCUGCAUGGGGAUAUAGAUACUGUUGUGUUAUAUGUACUGGACUCUAUCUUUUUUCUUUCAUAUUUUUUUUUAAAGAAAUCUGCAUUUUUGUCUUUUUGUACGUUUCUAAUAAAGAAAAUCAUUUGAACUGU